AUGAUUGACCAAUAUGUCUCUCAAGGCGAUUCGGACGACGACAUAGAUUCCGACUCUGAGAAGGAAGCAAACAUUGCCCUUGGCGUCAACAGCAUCCAUCCUUACUAUGACAUUACAUGGGCUAAUAGUUUGGCGAGAAAGGUCGAAGGUCUUUUGGAGAACGAUAUCAAGCGCUGGGUAACAAGUGGGUUCUUCGAUCGGGGACCGUACGCUCUUCACAGCUUCAUGCUAGAUCUUGAUGACCCAUCCGUUGAAAAGCUUUUUUCCGAGGACGAUUGGAAGGAGAUCUUGGAGGACUUGCCCAGCCAAACGCCAUAUUCAGAAGCUGCGGAUCAUUAUAUGGACUCUUUUCAUGACGUCAAGAAUAUUAAAGAUCUGGAAAAGGCUUUGAAGAGACGCCCCACUGACGCCGAAUCUGUGAUUAUAUAUCACUGCCUUGAUCAAUGGCUUGAUUUAUAUAAAGCUGUCGACCCAUCCCCAUUUUCAAUUGUUAACACCCUCGGCGAAGCUUGGUGGAUCAAUAAUGCCUGGGGCGCCUGUCUGAAAGUCGCCAAUGGCCUUCCACAUGCAUUCAUCCUUCCGGGUGAGAAAACCGGGCAUGAUUCAGCGGAACGCAAGAAUAAGACUAUCACGUCUGUAGAUCGUCGUCGCAUUGGAUGCAAGGCUGACCUUAUAUGGCGCACUAUAUCAGCGCCAGAACGAGAUUGGGCUAUAGCUGAAGCUGCUCCCGAUUGGGACCCUAUCGGGAAGAAAUACCGCUAUGAAGGAACUUUCAAGCUCCCCAGACAACUCCAUGACAUUCUAUCGGCCAGGUCUUUUGAACUAGGAGAAAAGGACCAUCUCCGUGGCGAGUUCGUCACAGGAUUGAUCAUCGGAGGCGUCGACCAUUCGUUUAUAUCAGUCUUUUGA